GAAUCCAAGAUGGCUGUCGUAGUUGAUGUUGAUACGAGUGCUUUGGUUAAAAAAAGUAUGGCCAGUAUGGCCAGUAUGGGUAGUGAACAACUUUAUAAGGAAGCUAUGGAACAAACAGCUAGUUGUAAUACAAGAUUAUCAAUGGAGAGAAAAUUAAGAAUGCCUUUCCUUGAUUCACAAACAGGAGUAGCCCAAAAUCAUACCAGUCUUUGGCAUCCAUAUGUUCAUCGAAUGCCAGGUCAAAGACAUGGCCAGUUAUAUACAUAUCCUUGUAAAAGAUGGAAGAAAAAAAAACAUUCUUUUUUCUCUCAGAUGGGGUCAUCAAAGUUGAGUGAUUUGGAAACAGGAGAUGCAGAUUUACACCAUAUAAGUGCAGUAGAAAAUCCUGCUCAUCGACAUGAUGAUGAAAUAGAUUUAAGAAAUGAAUCUCAAGAUAGAUGGUAUUAUGAUGAUAUAGAUCCAUUAAGUGAUCCACCAGAUGCUGGAGAAAUAGUUGAUGAUAAUUCAGAUAUCAGUGAUUAUGAAGAAACGAUCAAGAAGAAAAAGAAAAAGGGUCCUGGAAGAGGUAGAAGAAAAAAUAUGGAUAAAGAUGGUAUGAUAGAUGAUAAAGAUAAACCAUAUUCUUGUGAAGCUUGUGGUGCCCGCUACAAGACACGGCCAGGCCUUGCAUACCAUUACACACAUUUCCAUAAUGGCAUGAUAGAUGAUGACAUUGCACCAUCUCCAAAAAUACCCACAAGAGCAUCGAAAGCACGUUCAGCACCACCAGUACCAUCUGUCGAACCAGUUGAAACUUCUAAACCUUCCCCUAACAAUUAUUGUGAUUUCUGUCUUGGUGAUCAAACAGAAAAUAAGAAGACUAACCAGUCUGAGGAUUUGGUGUCAUGUAGUGAUUGUGGUAGAUCAGCAGGUCAUCCAUCAUGUUUACAGUUUACAGAUAAUAUGAUAGUUUCUGUAAAGAAAUAUCCCUGGCAAUGUAUAGAAUGUAAAUCUUGUGGUUUGUGUGGAACUUCAGAUAAUGAUGAUCAACUAUUGUUUUGUGAUGAUUGUGAUAGAGGUUAUCAUAUGUAUUGUUUAAAUCCUCCUUUAUCUGAACCACCAGAAGGAAAUUGGAGCUGUCAUCUAUGUAUUGAAGAAUUUCAUGGUGGAAAGAAACCACAAGGCAUGAAUUAGUUUCACCUGGUUCAACCAAUUCUAUAUUUAAAUUUACUUCAUUUUCUUAUAUAUCAAUUUGUUCAUUUAUCAUUUUAGCAUUGUUUCACAUGUCAUUUUCAAAUUGUUUAUGUAAAUGGAUAAAAUUUGAGAUUCAAUACAUAAUAAGGAUAAUGAAUUAUAGCCCUAGAAUUUGUCAUUAUUCAUUCUUUAAAUUCUAGUCCCGAAAGAUAAAAGUAAUUCUCAUUUGAAAGAAAACAUGAAGCAUUGAGUGUUUUGUAUUAGAGUCAUUCCAUGUCAAGUGGACCAAAUUCUCAGAAAGUUGUAAAGUGACUCAGCUUUGAAAAUCGACUCACACAGGAAAAUAGUUGACAUUACUUUUUCUGAAAAAUGUAACGGUAAAUUCUUAAUCUGUAUAACAUGCUCUUACAAACCCCAUAAUUUCAAGAAUAUAACCUGUCUACAAGGGAGUCGACUGGCGUGGUUUCGAAUCCCAGGUUGUACGUGGCAAGGAGUAGGGUCGCCUGUCCAACCUCGUGGGUUUUCUCCGGGUCCUGCGGUUUAGUCCCACUGCUAAAGACCCCUACGCACAAGCGAAUUAUUGAAAUAAAAUUAAAACAUAUGUUAGUCCCGGAAUGACCUAGUUUGUGUUGAGUGGACUUUAAACCCCAUUUCUCUCUCUCUCUGUCUAGAAGGAAUAAAAUCAGAUCACAAAAAUCGAGUCAUAUAACAGUAGUUUCAAAACUUGCGAAAGAGUACCCUGAUUCUAAUGGUCAUAUCUCAGUCAAUAUUACUUCUAGAGUCAUAUAACUUUGCAGUUUUACAUAAGACUGUAUGUACUAUAACAUAUUUUUUUUUCUUAAUUUUCUGAGGUGGUCAGUUUACAAGCACUGAUCCAGUUGACAUGGAAUGAGCCAUUAGUCUCCACAUACUGUAUACCAGUAACAAGAAUGAAUGUUUUAAAUGCAACAUAUCACCAUUCACAUUAAUUUCAAUACCUGUUUCAAUUCUCUUAACAUAAAAUACAGUGCAUUGUUGUUAACUUCUAGACCAAUCAGGCAUUGUAAAACUUUGAACUCUUCAAAAUAAUUUACUACUCAAUGGUUAUUAGUUAGAUGACAGACUAAUCAAUGUCUUUGAUAGAUGACAAUGAUGUCAUUAUCUGUUGUAUGUUAAAAUUACAAGCCAAUGAUUGAAGAAAAGAUUAUGUUACUGUGUUUUACAUUAAUUUCAAUAAGGGUAGACCUGAGAUCUUGUCUACAGUAUUUGCAUUUUACUUAGCUGUGCAAUAUUGUAAUUUUCUUUUUGUAAAGCAAAAAUAUAUCAUUAUAUCUAUUAAUCUGAAUGGGUAUUAUAGUCAGAGUUGGUAUUGUAUAACCUUAUACAAAAAAAAUGGUUUAUUGAUAAAUAUUUUAAUGAAGUUUUUCCAAGAAGAUUUAUAUUUUUUCAUCAUUCACAAUGUAAAGCCUAUUAGGAAAUGUAAAAAUAUGCUACUUAUGUUAUUAGGCAUAUUCUUCAGAUACAUGCAUUAAGAAAAUAAAGACUUUAUUGUGUAUGUUUAAGUAUGCUAAUGUUUACAUAUAGUCGGUUUAUAAAUAUUAAAUAUAAA